AUGCCCGGCCUUAAUCCAAAUUUGGUAAGUCAUACGCUGAAUAUUGAGCUCGAUACAAAACCUGUUGUACAGCCAAUGAGGAAUUUUCAUCUUGAAAUUGAGAAGCAAAUCAAGGUGGAAAUUGAAAAGUUGUUAGCUGCUGGAUUCAUCAAGCCAAUCAAACACCCGACAUGGCUAGCAAAUAUUGUGCCCGUGAAGAAGAAAACUGGGGUAAUCAGAAUAUGCACAGACUACCGUGAUCUCAAUCGAGCCUGCCCAAAAGAUGAGUUCUCGCUGCCCAACAUGGAUAUUUUGAUCGAUUCAACCUCGGGUCAAGGCAUGCUGUCCUUCAUGGAUGGAUUUAGUGGCUAUAAUCAAAUCAAGAUGUCUCCCAAGGAUGCUGAGAAAACAGCCUUUUGA